AUGUCAGGGGUGAUAACAAGAGUCCCAAGUUCCUAUCAAUAUCACCUGAUUCUAAAGACUAAGAAUGGUUUAUCCGCCUCUUUAGCAAUCUCCACCAGUAUCAAGAAUAUGGUAACCACCGCCACCGCCACCGCCACCGCCACCGCUAGUAGCAGCAGUAAUAGUGGUGAGUACAGGAGCAUGACAGAGAGAGUGAGUUUGGAAAAAGAAAUAAAAAAGAGCAAAUUCAUAGCCAUAGCUGCUCCCAUCUCUAAUGAAGAAUCGGCCUUCUCCUUCCUCUCUGAGGUGAGAGAUCCACGUGCCACUCAUAAUUGCUGGGCUUUUAAGGUAGGACAGCACUCCCGUUGCAAUGAUGAUGGUGAACCAUCUGGUACUGCUGGCAAACCUAUUCAAUCUGCUAUUCUUUCUUCUCAUAUCGAUAGAGUAAUGGUCGUUGUCAUCCGCUAUUUUGGAGGUAUCAAACUAGGAACUGGUGGGCUGGUUAGGGCUUAUGGAGGGGUUGCAUCUGAAUGCUUGAGGAAUGCCCCUCCUUGCCUUGUCAAAUCUAAGGUCCCUAUGGCAGUGGAGGUUCCCUUUGAUCUCUUAGGACUCGUGCAACAUCAGCUACAACAUUUUCAAGUUGAGGACAUCAAGCAGGAUUAUGAGACUGGUAAAGAUGGCUUUGCCAUGGUUUCUUUCAAAGUUGAUUUUGACCAGGUUGAGAAAUUGGAGGAUACUGUCAAAGCAAAUUGUAGCCGGCAACUAGUGUUUUAUAAACGGUCGGGAGAGGUUGCAGACAUAGUUGUUGGAUUAAUUGGAAGCUUAGGGAUGGGGAGUGGAGUUGAUGGAAGUGAUAGUGUCACCUCUGGGAUGGUGGGCACUGUGGGCAGUAAAGGAAUAUUUGGCAAAGAUGGGAUUUUGGUGCUUGCAAAUGGAGGCAUUAAAGCAUAG